AUGGGCCGGCUCGGUAGCCUAGAGCUUGCCGGAGGAGCCUUAGCCAUCGGUUUCACCAACAUCACCGGUUACUCCGUCCUCUCCGGUUUAGCCACCGGUAUGGAACCAUUAUGCGGUCAAGCCACCGGCUCCAAAAACCCUUCACUCGCAACCUUGACACUCAAGCGAACUAUUUUCCUCCUCCUCUUAGCUUCUCUCCCCAUCUCACUCCUCUGGCUAAACCUCCAGCCUCUAAUGCGAAUCCUCCGAUAG